UGGCUCAUGCCUAUUCCAUUGUUUGUUGGCUGUAAUGAGUUAUUACAGCCCUAUUCCAAACGGGUUUAUUCAGGGCAAAAGUGCCGUUUACAAUUCAGUGGUCUGCGUUGGGAAUAUCUAUUCAACGAAUGGGUGGGUGAAAAAUUUCCUCUGAUUACCCUUUCUUUCUCACAUCUGAAGCUUUCCUCUUUCUCAUUCUUCUUCCCAUUUCCUCUGAGAGCAAUAUGUUAGCAAUUUGGCACUGACCCUCACCCAUAGAAGUCUAAAUCCCAGCACCUUCCCACCGGAAACAGUCGAGUUAUGGUGGCAACUGCUUCACUGGUAAGAGCCAGUCAACACUGGGUCUUUGUCUCCUUCUCCUACAUGUCUUAGAAAUAGAAAGGAGAAAAAAAAAUGGCGAAGAAAGCUUCAAAGUCAAAAAAUGAUCGUUCAUCUUCAACCUAAGUUACUUCCGCUAAGAACCCAUCAACAGCCUCCAAUCAUCAAAUGACGUUAAGGGUAAAAUCAAGUGAGAACAUGAAGAAGACAGCUGAAGAGACUGUUGUUAGCGAGAGAGAAAAGAGACCCAAGUCGAAGUCAAGACUCAAAUCGAAGCUAAAGAAGAAAACAAAAAUCGAAGAUUUUUGUUCAUAGUAUUGGUGAACAUUUUGUUGAUUAUAACAUUCCCCUGCCUGGAAAUUUCAUGCUUUUAUUCGUGUGCCCUUGUCGUGAGGAUUUUCGUAAGGAAUUUCAAGAGCAGAAUCCGGACAUCAAGUCAAUGCGCGAUGUGGAGAAAUGUAUGGCAAGAUUGCAAGAGUUGCAGUUAACAGUUGCAGGAGGGUCUAAGGUGAUAUCAGGGGUGAGUUUAAGUCCAAGAAGUACUAGGGGUUAUAUGAAGACUAGUCUCAGAUGCAAGCAAGAGUCCUUAAGGAUGAAGAACUCUACUCCAAGGAAAUCACUAGUUGGGAAGUUUCCAACCACUGCAGGAGGUUAAUGUAGGAGAAUGUCAUUACCAACAAUGUUAGUAGGGGAAACAGUGGGUGAAAUACUUCAAGCAAAUCAAUUUGCAAGACAGAUCCUAGCUGUUGUUGAUAACAAAACCAAGAAUACUUCUGAGAAUCCUAAAACUCCAUUGACUGAACACAGGAAGCAAAGAUAUCAAUUUUUAAAGUCUCUGAUGGAAAAGGAUGAUUCGAAAUGCGGGCAGAAUGCGGUGGUGGAGAGGAAAAUCGUAUUAGUCCCGAAAAGUGAGACCAUAGUUCAUGCAAUUAUUACGAAUGUUAAAACAUUUGACUACCAAUUAAGCAAUGGUGAUAUGAAGCCAAUAAAAGAAGGUUUGAAUGGUUUGAAAACAACUCGAAAGCAGCGAUCCAAAGGACGCAAGUGAAAAACGAGACUGUAGAGACUUGAGAGACAAAAGUGUUUGUAUAUGAGGUAAAAUUGGAUUAGAUGGAGUGUGUUAUAUAUAUGUAUAUGAGACUGAGUGAAUUUUGAUAGGUAUUCGCACUCGGGUCUCUAAAAGCCAGCAUGGUUAGUGUAACAUCAUCACCCAGUUUUAUAGGGACAAGAUUUUGGAUAUUAUCUCAAACGUUUUAAGGCCUAUUAACUUAUGGCGUAAAUUUUAAGCACAA